CUUUCAUUCUUUAAUGCUUACAAAAAGGACGUUGAGCCUGUUCUUGGAAUUUUGCUGGAUUUUAUUUAAUGGGUAUAAAUUUUUUUGCUAUUUUUCAAAUUGAUGGACCCCAUCAAAAAUUUUUGGAUGGGUCCCUUUGUGGCAGUCUGUCUAGUUGUCUGGUUUCAGUAAUUUUUCGCAGUCUUGGUCAUGGGUUGAUGGCAUGCAUGAUAUAGAAGCAAUAAUUUGUGCUUGUUGAGUAGUGAGGAACAGAGAGGUUUAGGAAUGGAGGUGUUCCAAGGAUUAGAAGGAGCUGGGGAUGUUCCUACAAACACUCAUCAGCGCAUAGAUGAUUUUGAAAUUGAAAAUGGAGGAUUACAUUAUAAUUUAGCUCAAUUUGAGUACGCUAAUGAGUUUGAGCUUCAACCCCAACUUGAAUAUGACUCUGAUGUUGAGCUUGUUCCACUAUUUGAUGAAUGGGACCUUGAUAAUGCUUUUCUUGCACUCCAAGAAACCCUUGCCCCUGAUCCUAACCCUGACCCUGACCCUGACCCUGACCCUAACUUGGUUAAUGAUCAUGUUGUUCCAUUGGAGGAAAGGGAGGUGGUGGUUGUUGUUGAGAAUGAGGAAACUCCAAAUGAUCUUAACAUAGUUAAUGCCUAUCUUGUUUCACCUGGGGAAGGUGAUAACGAGAUGGUGAGGGAUGAGGAAGAGCUUCACUUGUUUUUUCCUCAACCUUCUGUUAUUUUCAGUUCUGAUACAAAACCUCGUCUUCGAUGGACUCCAGAACUUCAUAAUUGCUUUGUUAGAGCUGUCAGACAUCUUGGUGGACCAAGAAAAGCAACUCCAAAGGCUAUUCAGUUCAUGAUGGAUGUUGAUGGUUUAACUCUUUACCAUGUGAAGAGCCAUCUCCAGAAAUACAGGCAAGGCCGUCAUUCAGUGAAGGAGUGGCCUGGGAGAGUGAAACAUGGUAAAAGUUCCUCAAAAUCUCGAGCCACAGUAAGCUCAAGCAAGCCUGUGAGCCUUUCACCAUCCCAAGCAAAUAGUUCCGCAUACACUGAUGCCAAAGGCAAAGCAAAAGCUAAUGAGAAUAUUGGAGGUAGUCUUUUUAUGCAAAUGACGUCUGAGAAGAUUGUUCUAAGGUUUGAGGCAGCGCAAAGUAGUUACUUGGACCUUGCAGUAGAGAAUGCACGUAACCAACAAAUACAUAUCAGAAGGAUUUCAAUGGACUCCAAGAAGGUGCUGGUAAAAGGCUGCACAGCCUAUCUGAAUUGUGAUGCUAGCGUCAGAAGCAUCAGUGGAGUUGCGGGGACCUCAAAAUUACACAACAGAAUCAAUCCAUGCAGGUUGAGGUUGGUUACGAGGCUACCUUGUCUACCUUUUUCUUCAGCAGUGAGUCUUGAGUUAUCUUGUGUUUUCUGUACAAGUAAAACAAAGGCAGACCAGAAGUUGUCCUUUUGGAUGAAACUCCAGCAGUUAGUCUGUGUGUUGCAUUUGAAUGCUUAUGUAAUACAUUCAACCGUUUCUGUGUGCUAGCUUGAAUUUACUUUUGCAUCAUUUACAAUAAAUCUGACUUUGUGAUUAUUUCCUGAAAAUAGAAGGUAAUAGUUAGUCCCCAGGAUUACAAAUAGAGAAAAACUUCAGUAGAAAUUAUUUGCAUUAUGGAACAAAAAUUAUGAUAAACAAGUGAUUUAUCUA